AUGGAAUCUGCCGAUGUCGCUGAUGAGGGUAUUCACGAACCAGAUGACAGCUUUGAGUUGGAACUGCCUAUACCUUUUGCUGCAGUGACGCAGUCGAUUAAACCAUCAGAGAGUAAUUUGAAGCAAAAUCAUAGUUCAACGGACGAGGACAUAGAC